CUUUUCUAACAGGGCGUUCGCUGAGUUGACCAGGACCAACGACUCGUCUCUCCGUCUCUCUCUCUCUCUCUCUCUCUCUCUCUCUUAAUGUAAUCGAGAGUUCGCGAAUAUCGGAGGCCUGAUCAUGGCGACUCCGGAAUCGGAGGUCGAGGCCAAGUGUGAGGCCUCAGACGGAGCAGGAAAUGGGGGAUCCGAGGCCGUCGCGUCCAUUGACGUCGGAGACCAGACGGUCGACGCGACGGGGAAGCCGAAGCCGAAGCCGAAGACUCGGAAGCAGCAGAAGAAGAAGAAUAAGAGGACGAAGAGCAAAUCCUACUACUUGCCCAGAUUCGCUUGCAUGAGAUCGGAGCCGGGCGAGGAUGGCGGCUUCGACAUGGAGGUCGAGGUCCCCGGAGAGCGUCCCCGUCCUGCUCACCUGAUCGUCACGGUUAACGGCCUCAUUGGCAGUGCUCGGGACUGGAGAUUUGCUGCCAAGCAGUUUGUGAAGCAGUAUCCAGAGAAAGUUGUCGUGCACUGCAGCCGGUCUAACCCUUGCAGGUUGACUUUUGAUGGUGUUGAUGUUAUGGGGCAGAGAUUAGCAGAAGAGGUUAAGUCAGUUGUAAAGGAUCAACCCACCGUUCAGAAAAUUUCAUUCAUUGGUCAUUCACUAGGUGGUCUGGUAGCAAGGUAUGCAGUUGCAAAGCUCUAUGGAAGUGGUCCAGCCAGUGAACCUACUAAAGUAAAUGGAGAAUGUGGGAGUGAAGAACCUGCAAAUCAUCACCUAGAAGAUAAAAAUACAGAUAAAAUUUGCGGACUGGAACCUGUGAAUUUUAUAACUUCAGCAACACCUCAUUUAGGUUCAAGAGGUCACAAGCAGGUUCCAAUGUUUUGUGGCUUUAACUCCUUGGAAAGGCUUGCUAUCCAUUCAUCAGGGUUCUUAGGCAGGACUGGUAGACAUUUGUUUUUGACAGACAAUGAUGACGGCAAACCUCCUCUUCUUCUUCAAAUGGUCAAUGACAGUGAAAACAUUAAAUUUAUCUCUGCUUUGAAGUCCUUCAAGCGUAGGGUUGCUUAUGCAAAUGCACAAUGUGACCACCUAGUUGGAUGGAGUACAUCAUCGCUUAGGCAACGGAGCAAUCUUCCUAAGCGUGAACAUCUAUCAGCAAUUGAAAAAAAAUACCCACAUAUUAUAAAAGUGGAAGGAGCAAAAACAACCUCUUCCGAGCAAGAAGACUCUUCAGAACAUAAAAAUGAUAGGAGAAAAACUGCUGAAUUGGAAGAGACAAUGCUGAGAAGAUUGACCACAUUGAGCUGGGAACGUGUAGACGUAAGCUUCAGCGGAAGUAAACAGCAAAUUUUUGCUCACAAUACCAUUCAGGUAAAAAAUCAGUGCAUCAAUUCAGACGGUGAAGACGUGAUCCAGCACAUGAUUGACAAUUUUAUUGUGUGAGUGAGUGAAAUCGCUCUUGGCCUCUUGCGAGAACCGCCGGAAGGAAUUCUGAAGUGAUCUCCUGGAGUCUGUCUCCGAAUUCGUGGCAAACUGGAAUGGUUUGACACAAGUUAUGAAGCAGGCAAGCAUUGCAUAUCGUAUCAGAGCCACAGAUGCACUGAGAGAGACAGAGAGAGUAGACCGA